AAAUAAUUGAGUGGGGAAAGGUGAUUGAAAGAGAAGCUUGUAGAUUCCUCCAACUUGACUUGAUUGAUGAUCUAUUGUUGAGUCAUAAAUGCAUAUAAAAACCCUUGGAACUUGAAGGAUGAUGUCUUUACUAGCUUUCUUCAAUCUUGCAUCCUUUAAAAAAUUCCAUUUCGAUGUUGGGCUCUUGUUAUUUUGUAGCAAUUAUGGAGAACUGAUCGAAAUUUAUGAGUUUUAGUGCUUGAGUUUUAGUUUUGAUGCUGACUGAUACGAGGAAAGCAUCAAAUUUACUAAUUUUGGAGUAGGAAUUCGUUUUGUUUGGUGAGGUUCGCUGGGUCUAAGUUGAAGCUUUCUCGUCUAGGGAUGGGUUUUGGGUUUAGAAGCUGAAAUCUGGACAGUACAUGAAGGUUUUAUAGUUUAGUUCAGUGGUUUUGGUUAUUAAAAGCAGAUAUUUGGAGAGCCCAUGAAAGUAUUUAGGCGUGGUUUGGGGUUUCAGGGGCUAAAAUAUAGGAAUUUCCUUGGGGUUUUUAUUAGUUUUUAAGGCAGAUUUCUGGUUUAAGGGCCGAACUUUAGAGGCAUAAUUUUAGGUUGUAAAUUUCAGAGAACCCAUAAAGAUUUGAUAGCUUUCAGAGACUUGAGUUUUAGUAUUGAAGAAGUUUGAUGGAAGCUUGAAAAUGUCUUUCCAUAUAUUGUUUUACCCAUCAAAUUUUGCCAGUAAUCUAAACAAGCAUACAACCCAGUACAAAACCAGGUCUGGUCCAGCUCGGGCUGUGCAACCUUCUGCAGUGCUCUUGCACACUGAUAAGAGCAGUAACUCAUCAGAAUCUAAGAGGAGUUCAGGUUCAGGUUUGGCUCCGACGAGUAGUCAGAUAACUGGUCCCCUGCUCAGCCAAGCCAGUACAAUUGGUAUCAUUGGAGGUGUAUCAGCCGUCGCUACUCUGAAUUUCUUGGAAAAACUCAUCUUAUGGAGUUCAAAAGAUGGAGAAGAGAACCUCCCUUUUAUUGUCUGCAAUGAUCCAAUUUUGAACAAGGAGCUUUUGUCUUGUGAGAGUUCUUUUCCAUAUCUUAAUGUAAGAAAUGCUCGAUCACAAUUGGAUCACACUCCAAUUGUGGAUAAUUUAGAGCAUAAAAGAGUCUUUCUUGAACAGUCAGGAGCUCACUGCAUUGUUAUGCCUUGUCAUAUCUCACAUGCAUGGCACAAUGAGAUAUCUAAAGACUGUUCAGUACCUUUCCUUCAUGUGGGUGAUUGUGUUGCUCAUGAGCUCAAAGAAGCAAAGUUGAAGCCAAUUGAAGCUGGGAGUAAUCUGCGUAUCGGUGUCCUUGAUACAGAUGCAACUUUGACAGCUGGUUUUUAUCAGGACAAACUCCAAAGUCAGGGAUUUGAGGUUGUACUGCCGGACAAAGAUACCAUGGAACACUGUGUAAUUCCUGCCAUUGAAGCUUUGAGUAGGAAGGACUUGGAAGGAGCAAGAAAUCUCUUGAGAAUUGCACUCCAGGUUCUUCUGGUGAGGUCUGUGAACGUUAUCGUUCUCGCUUCUGAUGACAUGCGAGGUCUUUUGCCCAAGGAUGAUCCUCUUCUCAAAAGAUGUGUAGACCCUAUUGAUGCUUUAGCCAGAUCAACUAUAAAGUGGGCUCAAUCUACUGAGAAGCUGCAUGAGACCUGUUAAUUAGAAUGGCUGGUGUUUUUUGUGUAUCAUCCCCAAUCAUUAGCAGGGGAUCUUGUUAUUAUUGUAGAAUAUCAAUUUGUUAAUGGAACCUGCUCCUUUAUGUUUUGUAUGGUAUUGUAAAUAUUGCAGUUCCAUUAUUUGUACUCUUCCUUGUAUCAAUAAACUCUGUUUUGAAAUUUGUGAGA